AUGGAAAGAGGAAAAAUUAAGGAUCUGGUGAACUCAAGUGGAGGAGAAAGGAUAGAAACGAUAUUGAUGGUCCUUUGUAUUAUCGCUGUCAAAGGACUCAAGGGAUAUGCAUCAAUGGGCUCUGAGGAGUUCAAGUUUAUUGAGUCAGAAUGCUUAGAUGAUCAUAUAGAGGACCCUAGUGGAUUAAGUUUGGUCAACUAUAUGGGUAAAUUAGCUGUGACUAAGUGCAACUAUGUUGACGUUGGUGGAAGACGUUCCGUUGAGUUGUGUUUGUGGGUUCUAGAGGAUGUUGAGAAACAGGAAUGGGUCAAGUAUGUCUACACUUUACCGGAGAAUGAAGUCCUUGGUUCCUGCGAGUUUUCAGUUGCUGGAGUGACUGCAAGAGGCGAUAUUGUUUUGUGUAUGAAGUAUACAUGUAAACCGUACUAUGUAUUCUACUUCGAUCCCGAAAAGAAAACCCUCCAAAGUGUUGAAAUCCAAGGUUUUGGAGCUAAGCUUGAAGAGGUUGAGCAUCGUGGUGAAGUUUAUGCCUUUGUUGACUAUGUUGAGGAUCUUAGUCUAAACGAUGCAAAGCAAUUCAAGUCAAGCAUUUCUCAUAUCAAGAGCCGCUGUUACUGCUGUGAAACGUUAUGUCCUGACAACGUAGGGGACGAGGUAUGAUGAUGGUGUAAGUAGGGAGAAGAAAUGGAAAAGACAUAAGUGAAGAUGAAGACAGAAGAAGAGGAGAAGAGUAUAAGAGAGUAAAACAAUGAGACAAGGAAUAGGUAAAAAGCAAAAGGGCAUCAUGUAUGCCUUUAUAUUCUUUAGUUAAUAGUAUUAGACGUUUGUAAAAGUCUGUGCGAGUCAAAUC